AAACAUGCAACCAGUGGCAAGCAAAAGGAGGCUAAGGAGUAUUCCGGAGAGCCAAUCAGUCGUGAGUUGACUUCGGUCACUUCCCCACACACACACAUCCGGUACGUCGCUACUACUAGUCCGGUCCAUACACGUUGUGACCGUGUGGAGCCACUGUUUGAUACCUUGAGGACGUGUUGAAAGACCUGGGGAGAAGAGAUCAGGAAUCGCGUUCGGGAUGCUGAGAAGGGGCUGGGUGUCCGACGUCCUCGAAUUACAGCAGAAGAUAUAUCUUGAAAAUCGGUUCACUGAGGGACCCGUGCUUUCUACUUUGUAAAACUGCAAGUUUUUAAAAUUACUCUCACUGCCGCCACAUAGCCUUACUUGUGAGCCCAUUCUCACGAGUAAGAUGAUCUCCAAGAACUACUUUAAAUAAAAGAUUUUAAAGAAAAACCCUGUGCUGGGGAUAGAUUAGUCGAUAGUGCUUGCCCAAUAAGCAUGAAAGUUGUGGGUUCAGUCCCCAGCACUGUGUUAAGCGCACGCCUGCAACUCCAGAAAUCUGGAAGUGGAGAUUAGAGGAUUAGAAAUUUUAAGGUUGGGCUAGAGAGAUAGCUCAGUUUUUAAGAGCACUGACUGCCUUUUCAGAAAACCUGCUUUCAGAUGGUGACUCAGAGUUACUUGUAUCUUUAGUCCCGGGGAACCUGAUGCUCUUAUUCUGGCCUCUGUCGCACACGUGGUGCGCAGACAAUCAUUAGAAGUUUUCAAAUAAAAAUUAGCAUAUCUUUUAUUUUCAUCUUUAUUUUUUAUCAGUGUUUCACUCCACACUGAAAAUUCCUAAGAAGCUUGAGUUAAGAAUUUGAAUGAAGGGGUUGGGGAUUUAGCUCAGUGGUAGAGCGCUUGCCUAGGAAGCGCAAGGCUUCCUAGAGGUCCCCAGCUCCGAAAAAAAGAACCCAAAAAAAAAAAAAAAAAGAAUUUGAAUGAAAUAUUAAAUACAUUAAUAUUAAGAGAAACGUGAAGCUAUUAAUAAUAAUACAGAUAAAUACUAAUAAGGUAAAGAUUUCCAAUGAGUUAAAAAAUGUUAAAUGUUUUAAAAUUAAAAAAGGAAAAAUGCCCCAAAGUACAAGUUAGACAACGCUUUAUAAGACAUUGAUACACUUCCUAGAUAUUAAAUUGGAGAAAUGCCAACUAAAAUGUAAUGAGAUUUGAGGAAGGCACACUUAUUAGUUGUACAGUAAAAAGAAUUGUUGAAGAAAUAAGAUUUCAGAAUAUAUCUACGUGCCAGAUAGGUGCUCAUGGGUGGCCAAGGAACCAAAUUGGCAGGUGACCUAAAUCCUUUUCCUUGUCACUUUUGGUUAAGGUAAUUUAUCCUGAAAUAAGGCGUUCCUCUGUAAACUGCAUUUUCUUCACUAUGUCUAACUUUUUUUUUUUUUUUAAAGACAGUGCCUUGCUACACAUCCCUGACUGCCCUAAAACUUUGCUAUGUAGAGUUCCAGGAAUUGGAUUCAAGUACGUGGCACUGGGAGACCUCGUCAUCCUCAUCACUUUCGGCCCGCUGGCCGUGAUGUUUGCCUAUGCUGUCCAGGUGGGGUCCUUGGCCAUAUUCCCUCUGGUCUACGCCAUCCCUCUGGCCCUCAGCACAGAGGCCAUUCUCCAUUCUAACAACACCAGGGACAUGGAGUCUGACCGCGAGGCUGGCAUCGUCACGCUGGCCAUCCUCAUCGGGCCCACCCUCUCCUACAUCCUCUACAACACGCUGCUCUUCCUGCCCUACCUGAUCUUCACCAUCCUGGCCACGCACUGCAGCAUCAGCCUGGCACUGCCCCUCCUCACCAGCCCCAUGGCCUUCUCCCUGGAGAGGCAGUUCCGCAGCCAGGCCUUCAACAAGCUGCCCCAGAGGACGGCCAAGCUCAACCUCCUGCUGGGGCUUUUCUAUGUCUUUGGCAUCAUCCUGGCACCAGCAGGCAGCCUGCCCAGACUCUGAGGAGACCAGCAGCUCCCACCACAGCCCAGCCCCUCCUCAGGAGGUAUAGAAGCCAAAGACUGAGAAGGGGUGCCAGUGGCCAGGGUGGGUGCAGGCACAGACUCUGAACUCUUGCCCUUGUGUGUCGGGAUGAUCUUCCUAGAGAUAAUCUGCUUGUGAUUUGUGUCCCAGGUCACGGGGAACCCUGAAACCACUCUAGUGUCUGAAGAGGAAUUGGACGCACUGUCCCUGUGUUAUUUAUAGUCUCCACUAGAGGGUGCUGUUAGGCCACUUUAGGAUGGAAGGCCCAUUUCCCCUCUUGUUCUAGACAGAAUGCCCUAACAAUUUGUGAAGGAGCUGUGUCCCAAGAGAGCCGUAGUGACUAGGCAUGGUACUGCCCUGUUACCUUGGCACGUAGGAAAUUGUAGUAAUUGGUGCCAGGUCCCAUUUACACAGAACACCUGUCCCCUGAAUGUGCCACCUGCUGGAGAAGGGCCCUCAUGAACAGCAUGUGCUCCUGGCUUUUGUGUAGUUGGUGGUUCAUAUGCUUCUGUCCUUCACGUCUCCUUUCAGUCCUCACCACUGCGGAGGAAAGGGUCAGAUCACCCUGCAGCAAGACAGCUAAGCCUGGGGUGGUGAGAAAAGCACUCCCCUCUCGGUAACACAUGGCAUGGGGCGGUGAGGGAACUGCUUCCCUCUGUGGACUCCACUAGGGUGGCAGUAAUUUUGGGGACCUGAAGCAGUCAUGGGAUGGGCAUUUAAAGCCCACAGGGCUGGUCUCCUACCUGGUAUUCCUCCUGCCCAGCAUCUCUGCCUCCAUUUGUCCCCAGUAUCCAGACAGUGGGCAACAGUAACAUGAGUCAGGGACACUUGCCCACAUCCACAGAGCCACAGGAUGGGCAAGGCAGGGGCCUCCUGAGUGUACAAGCCAGUGGAUGACAGUCCCGGCCCCACUCAGCCAGAAUGAGAGGCCAUGCCAGUGAAAGAACUAAGAACAUGGUUCUUCAUCUCUCUGUGCUUGGUUGCCUUGUUCAGAUAGUGGGUGGCUUCAGCGAGGACCAGAGGUGUCUCAGUCUCUCCUGUCACACCCGUCUGAGUGUAACAGCAUCUUGCAUGGAGAUGAUCACACCAUCUCCAGUGUGCUUCCCUCUGACCAGCUGUCCUGGAGGGUGCUUCAGGCUCUCAGCCUGCAGAAAACCACCUUGACGUAGCACUGGGUCACUUCCUUGGGGAAACGUUUAAACAUUGCCCAGAGUUCCUCUGUAGUCAGGGUGGUUUGUCUACCAGAGAGCCGGGGUCCCUGAGCUCGAAUCAGGGUCCAGAAACCUAGGAGAGGAAUAUUCUUUCCUGUUCUCCCCAGCACGCUGGGUUUGUGGCAUCUGGGGCUUUGCAGUGUCCUGCCUAUGACCCCUGCUUGGGGCUGACAAUUUGUCACCCAGAGCCUGGAGGACCAAUGACUCUCACUGUCCAUAUGCCGGGCCUGAUAUGUGGCUACCCUCAUGAGAACUGUGUCAGCUGCUACACCGAGCUCUGGUGCAGAUUUUAAAUGCCUAUUUUUAUAUACGAUCCCCAGAGGCCAUAUUUGAUGCCACAUUUUGUAUACAGACCACCAUAAUUUGUAUUAUGUCUCCUGAUUCAAUGAAGGUUUCCUGUAAAUUUAUUAAAAUAAGAGAAAAUACA